UAAACGAGUAAAUAAUUUUGGUCACGUUCCAUCGAUUUCCCCCCCGAGUCCCGCCACAAUGGCCGUCUUCUUAAAUAGGAUUAUAUUAAGCUGUUUCACCGGCGCUGAAUGGCGAGUCAAAUGGAGGAUCGUCGAGGAUGUUUUGGUAGGCACUACGUGAGCCAGCCGAUGGCAUUGCCGAUGUGCCACCGUGAAGGAGAACAGAGGAGGAGAUGGAAAAAGAAGAGCCAGCGGCGCGCAGCACAGCAGCAGCAGCAGCAGCGGCAGCAGCAACAGCAGAACAGAGCGGAGCAACAGCAGCAUCACCGAUGACGGGACACGGCAUGGAGGAAGACAGUUGACAGGUGAAUGGUCACGAGCAUCUCUCGUCCCUCGUCCGGCCAGCUUUCCCACGUCUCCGCGAGUCCUCUCCUCUCC